AUGGACCUCGCAUCCGCCGCAGCAGGCCCGUCCGGGGUCGAGCAGCUUCCGAGCGCAGCUGGUCAGGCUCUCCCUUUCGCGGCGGACGAAGGCGACCAGGAUCACUAUUUCGUACUCGAGCAACUUGCCAACUACCUUGAGGAUGAGGACGCGCGCAGCAAGUCGGCACGGGUCGAGCGUGCUCUCAACACGGACGCGACGACCAGUCCGCCCUCUACUCCUGGCGCGAGGCCGGCGCGCCCCAGCCCGCGCAGGCGCCGGCGCUGCAAGCGCUGCACGGACACGAAGAUAUGCAUCCACUGCGCGUGCUCCUCACGCUCCCGCGACCCCUCCAAGGACCUCGGAAUCCUGGCCCGGGCAGCGCUGCAACGCCGCCAGGGAUGGUCCGAGAAGGAGGCUUCCGCCGUCAGGGGCGUCCUGCAGCUCGAGAGGCAGCACCUUUCAGACGCUCGUAUCGCUCAGGACGAGGCUGCGCGAGCACUGCGGGCCGCAGAGCGUCGCAUUCAGGAGCUGGAGCUCACUCUGCAACAUCGAACAGCGCAACUCGGCGAGGCGAACGCGAGGAUCGACGUCCUCGAGACCCAGGUCCGCGCGUCCUCGAAGCAGUCCCGCGAGGAGGCCGCGAUCGGUUUGUCGACCGCGGGCGCGCUGCAGCAGGAGGUGGCGGUGCUGCACAAGCGCCUCCGCAGCGCGCAGGAGGACGCGGAGCGCGAGCACGAGGCCACGAAGGAGGCCGCGCUGCGCGAGCGCGCGGCGCUGGCCCGCGUCGCGAAGAUGGAGGCGGCGGUGGCGGAGGCCAAGGGCCGCGCCAGCCGCGCAACGGAGGAGGCACGGCAGAGCCGGCAGGACGCGGACAGCUGGAAGCGGGCGGCGGAGAAGGCGGCGUCGGUGGCGGAGCGCGCGGAGGCGUCUCUGUCGGCGCGCGACUCCCAGGUGGCGUGCAGCGAGCGCGGGGCGUACGAGCUACGCCGGCAGCUCGACGCCGCGCUGGAGGUCGCGGAACGGUGCCGCGGGGAGCGCGACGACGCCCGCGCGCGCCUGGCGCGUGCAGAGGCGGAGCUGAGUGACGUACAGGCUGCGCUGGACGCUCGGGGGGGAGGGGGGUGUUGCGGCGAGCGCGGGGUCGCUGCGCAGGUCGCGGACGUCGACCCUGAGGCCGCUGCGCUGCUCGCGCGGCACGAGACCGCCGUCCAGUCGGCGGAACGGAUGUGCGCACAGGUCAACGCCCCCGGGGGCGUCGCAGGAUUCCACCCGGGCGCGCCGGCCGCCCCCCGACGCGAGCAGCCGCCGUACGGGGUCGCUGCAGCCCCGCUGUCCGACGCCGCGAGGGGGUUCUCCGCGGGGGGGGGGGGUGGCCCUGAGACUUGCGUGCUGGAGCUGGCCAAGCUGACGGACUCGGAGCGCGCGGAGGUGAUGCAGGCGCAGCUGGACAGCCUGCGGCGGCAGAACGCAGUGCUGCGCAGGAAGCUCGCGUUCGCGCGGGACGACGCGCAGGUGUUCUCGGCCGAGGCGGACGGGCUGCGGCAGCAGGUGGUGGGCCUCGAGCAGGCGUUCGGCGAGGUCGCGGGGGUCGCGCAGGCGCGGGCGGGCGCGGGGAGCACCUCGGCGCCGUCCGCGUCGCUCACGUCGAGCGAGGGCGAGCGGGCGGAGCAGGAGGAGCCGUCAGCGGAGGCGGAGCUGCGGGCGCAGCUCGCGCAGCUGCGGCAGCAGCAGGGCAUGCUCGCGCGGCUGCUUGCAACGCAGCCCGGAGCAGCAGCGUUCGAGCAGCCCGACUUGUGA